AUGGACUUCGUAUCUACACUUCCCAUUAUGGAGGGUGUCUCUGGCUUCCAUUAUUCAUUCUAUUUCUAUGUCAUAAUUUUCUUGACCAUUGCCAUAGUCGUGUCGGCAAAUUUCUCCGCCAUUCGACGAUUCAUCACAGGUGAUGCUCUCCCCGGCAUACCCUGUCUUCCAGGCCUCCCAAUCGUCGGCUGCCUAUUCAAUUUCCUCUGGUCGAGCAUCCCAGACAUGGUAGACAAACUCAUCACCAUUGCCGGGAAAGAUGGAGUAGCCUACUUCUGGGCCGGUCCGUCUAUUGUCGUCCAGCUGAGUGACCUGUCUCUUGUCAAAGACCUGCUCUCCAAGCCAGACGAGCUUGCCGCGCGAGAAACUCCAGGUGUCUGGACCCCCUUUGCCACAUUCCAUCGUGUACUGGGUGGUGCCACCCCAUUCACCUAUACCGGUCGCAAGUCGCGCGAGGCAAGGCGCCAUAUCCUCGCGGCCUAUGCGACCCCGCAAGCGUUAUCCGAAUUAUUCGACUUUGUACUUCCCUUUGCAGACAAACACGUGAAACGGCUGAGUGCUUCAUACAGCGCUGAUGACGAUAAGAGCCUAAGACAGUAUGUGGAGCUGUAUACCGCCGACCUCUGGGGCGAACUCUUCUACGGAGCGCAAGAAGGGCAGGCAGAGAUUGUGAAAAUCAUCCCCGCAAUCGACGCCCUGUUUGAGCAGUUUAGCAACCCGGCUUCGAACCUCAGACAUGCCAUCUGGUCGAUUAUCAAGCAUCUGGGAUAUAGCCGGGCGCCAGACUACAAGAUCACGCGCCAAUUCCAAACAAUGCUUACGCAGAGAUUGAACUCGAUGAUUGCGAAUGGCCGGCUUGCAAGCAGCUACCUCUGGAAACUCUCCCCUGAAACACACGCUACGAAUCCCGGCGGGCUGAGUGACCUCGCUGUUGACAUUGCGCGCUUCAAUAUCGUCGGUGGCGUCCAGGGGUUCCGCCAGGUGAUCCCCUGGGUGAUUCUGGAGCUCUGUCGGAAUCCGGACUUGUACCGGAGAGUGCAUGAGGAAUUGAAGGAGCUGUGCCCGUCUAGCGAUGUAGAAGGUAUCUCUUUUGAGGACUUUCAAUCUCACACGCCCGUCCUCGACGCAGUCAUUAACGAGGUCCUGCGCCUGUAUCCACCUGUCCACCUCACCGCACGGGCAACGAUGAAGGAUCUCACCAUGACAACUCCCACGGGUAAGACGUUUACUAUCCCGCCGGAAGUCAUCGUCUACUUUUCCAUUUAUCACCUACACACAAGCGAAGCUCUCUGGGGAGCAGAUGCGAAGGAGUUUAACCCAGGACGGUUUCUGAAGAUCAAAGAGUCUGGCGAGAGCCUGGAGGGCAGGUUUAUGCCGUUUGGGUAUGGACCGAGAAGCUGUCCGGGAUUCAAAUUUGCUCCUUUGACUAUCAAGUUAUACCUCGUUCUGCUGCUGCGCCGCUAUCAUCUUGAGUUGCGUGAUCUUGCGACGGAUGUCACCCGGGAUGGUCCUCUUCUGGAGGCUGCGGCAAAUAAGUUUAGGUUUACGUUGCGGCCGUAUGUCUGAUUGAAAAUAUCAUUUGCGUCUUGACCAG